AUGGCUGGCUGUGAGAGCCUUUUAGAUGCAAUCAAGAAAGAAUUGGAAUGCUCCCUCUGUCAAGACCAGUUUACUGAGACCAAUCAACCAAAACUUCUUACAUGCCAACAUACUUUCUGUGAGUCUUGUCUCCAAAAGUGGUUGCGACAGCAGAUCGGGAGAGGUUUGAGCUGCCCGAACUGUCGAGUAAUAACCGAGUGUCCCAACAAUAAAAUCGACCGCUUGCCAUCCAACCUUGCACAUAAGAGACUGGGGGAUAUCUUGAAAGCUCAUGGUCGUUCGAAUAAAGAUCCUGAUCUCGAAUCAAAAGAACAAAACGUUUGUAAACGACAUGACAUACUCGUUAAGUUUUACUGUGAACCGUGCGAAAUUUGCAUUUGCUCUGAAUGCGCCAUUAUGAAGCAUCGAGAUCCGAUAAAUCACACCAUCAUGUCACUUGAAGAUGGAGCAAGAAAACAAAGAGUGUACAUCGAAAGUAGGCUGAGAGAUAUUGAGGAGGAUUCUUCGCUUCUGAAGAACCAUAUUGAGUCUUUAAGAGAGAGACAAGCGAAAUACAAUGGUAGCAUCGAUAAAGUAGCGGCAGAAGUUCGCACUGUGAUGGAGGAUGCUAUAAAUGCUCUUCGUCAACACGAAGAAAUGAUGACAGAGCAGUUGGUGAAAGAAAAAUCGCUUUACGACGAGGCCUUGAAAAACGAGUUGUCGAAGCUCGUCAAAAAAUUACAGCUAUUGUAUAAGAGCUCAAGACAUGGUAAAGAAGUCCUCCAAACAAAUGACGUAAGGAAAAUGUUAGAGGUAAAACAUGAACUUGAUGGAACGGUUGCGGAGAGAUUUCAAAAUUCUACGCCACUUCUCAGAUAUCCGGAGUUUAAGUAUUCAGUAAAUACCCUUCUCCAAGAUUUCCGUCUUGGUAUGCUACAUGUAACCUUUACAGAACCUUAUUUUUCUGUUGGAUCAGGACAAGGACUAGCAGAAAGUAUUCAAGGAGAGGCAAGCUACUUUACUGUCACAACUAUGGAUUCAAGCGGCAAAACAACCUAUAGCGAAAUUGAUAACGUCACGGUUGAGAUCACAUCCAUACGACAGGGAAUCAGAGAUAUUCCUGCUUUUGUGAAAGACUUAAAAGAUGGCCGUUAUUGUGUAUCUUACACUCCAAGAGUUGCUGGAAUCUUCAAGAUAUCCAUCAAAGUAAGAGACGAUCCAAUCAACGGAAGUCCCUUCAAAUUGGUUGUAGCCCCAAAACCAAAACAAGCUGUAUGCAAAUUUCACGGUAAGAAAGUAAAUUUAGGUGGUCCAAUAAAUUUAAGAGAAUUGUCACAUGUACAUGCUUACGAUAUUUUUAAUUUGAUGUGGAAACACUCUUCAGAGUUUGAACCGGAACUAGCAAGUGGAAGAAAAAUUGUUAGCGUUUAACGCGCGUGACCUCGUUUAGGAAUCGUUUAAAAUGCAUGAAUUAUGUUCUCAAAUUUUUUUUCUUUGACCUGCAGUAAAUAUUUCAUCCUUGGAGAUGAGCAGCAAUAAAAUAAAUUGUAGGGAAGAAGGCAUAGACGCGAUUCUCGUCACGCAACACCCUCUCUUCUCCACAAACGCGCUGCGUGACGAGACGAAAAGGGACUAGCUUACUAUGGAACUUGUAUUUUAAGCGGCACUGUAUUGAGUGGUCACCCUGUAUUAAGUGGUUGGAUGUCAAAGUCCGGAAUUUUUCCCUUAAUCACCGUAAUUUUUACUUCAAAUAAGCGGCCACCCCAUCAAGCGGUGGCAGUCACCCUUUAUUAAGUUUUAAGGCUUGUUUUUACUGUCUUUAGCUGUACUGAACAGUCACUGAAAGCAGAAAUACUCAAACAAAACUAAGGACAAUCUUUCAAGAAAUUUUUAAUCCAUGUCUCUCUCCCAAAAUCAAAGUAAGUGGUAUUUCUGAGCAAGAUUCUGUACAUUAACUGGUCAAAUAUAGCAUGAAGUAGCAUUUAUCUUUUUUUAUAUUUCUGUGGAACCUGUAUUAGGCAAUCAUGCCAUUCCCCGUGGGUGACUGCUUCACACAGGAUCAACUGUAUUGCCAGGGUCACUGCCUAGACAAUAAACAAAAGUUUUUAUGUCUAUGAAACAUACUAUUUUAUAAUUCCUUUUUAGAUGUUAUUUUACCAAGGAAGUGGAUUCCACAACCAAAAAACCGAGAGGGUGAAGAACUUAACUUUCAUCUGGUAGAGCUGGAUCCUGUUAGAAAUGCACAGGAAUACCAAGAAGUUCAGAAUCAAUUUCGAAAAACAUGCAAAAGCAAAAUUAUGAUCUUGAAAAUAGCCCGCGUCCAGAAUCCAGCCCUUUACAGGACAUUUACCAUACGAAAGCAAAAAAUGGAUGAGGAAAGAGGAAGCAAUGAACAGCGACUUUUCCUUGGAAUCCCAAGAAGCAAAUGCCAACAAAUAAAUGAGACUGGUUUUUGCCAUUUCCAAAACAAAAAAGGUACAAAGAACCAUUUUUUUACUAUGUUAAUUUGCAUGUCAUGCAUGUGUGUUCACAUAUAGAAACAAGUCAAUUCUCAGCAUUUUAUAUAACAAUUGAAAACUGCGGUUUGAGUUAAAAAAAUGUUUUAGAAUACAUUUGCUUCUUUCACCAAGAGAAAAAAAUGAGUGUUAUUGUUGUAUGUCAGUGUCAAUUUACUCAGUAGCUUGAUGAAACAAUUUUUACUUAUUUUUUAAAAAGGUAAUAUUCAGGAUUGUAUUGGUGUCAGUAAAUCUUGCCCUAUGAUUGGUUUAGAAAAUUUGUGCCAUGCGAAUAUUCGCAACUUAAUCAGUCGCAUUUCCACGCCUGGGUUUUUUUUACUCACUUUUUUUACUUCAAGUUCUGAUCAGUUCCUUGAGCUAUUUCCUUUACUGUGAUUGGUUGUUGAGAUUGCUAACUCAAACAACGCUCCAGUUUAAUAUUUACAACUUUUUCAGCACCAACAGACAUGUAUGGAAAUGGCUUGUACUUUGCCAAAGAUGCCCUUUACCCAGCUCAGUCCUCUCUCUCUCCACCAGACAAUGAUGGACAGCAAUACAUGUACCUCAGCAGAGUCCUGGUUGGUGAAUACACGGUUGGUAAACAAGGCAUGGUUACUCCUCCACAGAAGAACCAGAGUGAUUCCAAAGAAUCCUUUGAUUGUGUGGUGGAUCAGAUUACUGACCCGAGCGUUUUUGUUAUUUUCUAUGAGGGGCAGUUCUACCCUGAAUACUUAAUCACAUUUUCUAGAUGA